AUGACACAACGCUUGAGAAAAGACUUGCGAGUGUGCGGAAAGGUCGGUCCGUACGCCCGGCAAGAUGGGCGAAACAUCUCUUUCCCCCGGCCCGAAUAUUCCGACCCUGAGGUCUGUAGGAGGUAUUGUAGACCGACGAGUCUCGGCCAAAGAAGCGUUAGCCCGCAUGAAGAAGGUGAAGGUGUGCGGUAUCGAGCGGCUAGUGGCGUGUACGAUCGCCACGGCGCUGAUGACCGACACCGACCCUACCGUGUCGACGAUCGCCGUCGCAGCAAGGACAGCGGCAACGACAAGCGUGUCGAGAAAAGAAGCGGCAGGAGGGAACGCCACAGCAACCUUCACGGCAUCGUCGACGACAACGACAAAAAUUCUACAAUUGACACCCAACGUGAGCCUGCUCAGUGCCUUUGGGACCUGACAGGACUAGGAUAUCACGAGUUGAUGUCGAAGCUUGAGGAUCGUUUCGAGACGAGGGGUCAUGAAAAAUCGUACAGACACAAAUUGCACGCUUUUCAUAUGAAACCUGGCGAGUUUUUCGGCGAUUUGGCAAAAUCACAAGAUCGUUGGCUAGUUUUUUUAACAGGUCCAAUAUUCAGGUCAUGGAACCAGAAUAUCAAACCAGAGGGUCGCAAACUAUAUUCCGACCCUGAGGUCUGUAGGAGAUAUUGUAGACCGACGAGGUUUGGCAAAGAAAGCGACCGCCCGCGUGAAGAAAGCCAAGGUGUGCGGUAUCGCGCGGCCCCCGGUGGCGUGUACGAUUGCCACGGCGCUGAUGACCAACACCGAUCCUACCGUGUCGACGAUCGCCGUCGCAGCGAGGACAGCGGCGACGACGAGCGUGUUGACGGAAGAAGCGGUAAGAGGGAACGCCGUGGCAACAUUCAUGGCGUCAACGGCGACGACGAAAAUUCUACAUAA